UCGUUCUGGUAGGAAGGAGAGCAACGAGAUGCGAUAGUUUAAGCCAGGUUCAGAUACUCGUGCGGUCACUGGGUGUGUCAGUCGAGAGUCGCAAGCAGACGACAACGAGCAGACGACACAAGGUACACAGGGCGGGAAGGACAGUCGUGCGUGAUGACAGUCACUCUGAUGUGUCGUCAGCUAAAUUUAGCACGAGACCGAAGGAAGGGGGAUUUCCUCGCGCACCGUGACGACAGCCAGGCUUGUAUAUUAAAUAAGUCUCUCGCUAGGAGCGACAUUGUUUAGGAGUGCUGGCUAGCUAGCCUAUGACAGACGACAAAACAAGGUGCUCGGAGCACGAUUAAAAUGGUGCUAGAAGCAAGGAACGAGAAAAGGAUUAAAUGUGUUGUUGUUGGAGAUGAUUCCAUUGGAAAGACGAGUAUGUUAUUGGGAUAUGCGACAAACCGCUACCCCACGCAACACGUUCCGUCCGUCUUCGACAACCACGCGGGAAGUCUAAAGUUGGCAGGUCGACGGAUCAAGCUGGAGCUGAUAGACACAGUGGAAGAGGAUGAGAGGCCGAUAAGGAAGGAGAUAUACGAAGGAACGGACAUUUUCGUGGUGUGUUUCUCGGUAGUACAACCGGACUCUCUCCAACACGUGCAGGACGUAUGGCUACCGGAAAUACGUCAGAUCGCACCGGAAACGCCAUAUAUACUAGUCGGAACCCAGGCCGAUCUUCGUGAGGUGACAACGAUUCUCAGACUUCUCCGCUCGAACGGACAGAAACCCAUCUCAGCGGCCGAGGGGAACACCCUCGCGAGGAAGUUAGGGGCCACGUGUUAUGUGGAAGCCUCGCCGGAAGUGGAGAAAAAAGUGAGGAGGACUAUCAACAAUGCUCUUGCUUCUGUGCUUAAAGUUCAAGACGGUUCACGUGAUGUACAAGCAAAUGUGUGUACAAUAUUGUAAAUGCAGCACGUCUUCUCGCGAGAGAUGAGACUCAAGAAGGCGAGACAACGGGAACUCAUUUCUGAGGGAUAUAAAUACACUUAGGAGUAUAGUGUGUUUUCUGUGUGCCUUCGAAUGAACUGCUACCUUGUUUUACGUGCAAUGCUCAAGCGAUUUUUCGUGAAUGUACACCUUCCUUUCCCAAGGUCAAUUAUUCUCGUCAGGUGACCAGCCUUAGUCAGUCUCAGAUAGUUUAUCGUCUGCCACGAGAAGAGAACGACGGAUGUGAAGGGUCACAUAGUGUGUCUGACCCAUAUAUUUUUCUAGUCCACGUAUAUAUUUCGCCCGUCUUGUGGAGCCAAGUCGCAAGAAGUCAAACUUCACGUCAACUGACCAAUGUCUUUCUGGCUGUCGUCUGCUCGUUGUCGCAGAAGUGAACAGAUCUGAACGGAAAUUAACUGAGAAACCCCAAUGCAUAUAGGACCUGUAUAUGCAGACUAUGUCAGACUAGUAUAUAGAUCAUCGGUGUAGUUGAGCGAUCCCUCAGAAUAACAAAUAACACAAGCUGAACUAAGCCUUGCUUUCCACUCGGCACAGCAGUCAAUAUGAUUACAAUUAACACAGUGUUGUUCAAAGUUCAGCCACAGCAAAAGCCUUUUGUAGCAUGACAGAUUGCCAUUCGAUAUUUGCAACUAAAAUAAUUCUUUAUAAUUCCGUAUAAUCUGACCGUCAUGAUAUAACACGGAAGUAAUAUAAAAUAUUUCGGUGUUUUUAACUUUUUUUGAUCUUAUGAUCCAGAUGGAAGUACUGCUGAUGCGAGUUGUCUUGCAUGGGCACUCCAUACAAAGUUUUAUAAGUCCUUUAAGCAAAUAAUUACGUCGUUUUCUGUAUAUGAAGGUACCCCAACAAAACAUGUUCGGUUUCGCCCAAAACUGACUUUAACAAUUGACAUAACAUGACAUGACAUGACAUGACAGCAAUGUUCAAUCAUCUGUUCUAUGUUAUUUACUGAAGAGGUCAGGGAUUUAUCUGAACCUACUAACAAGCCGAUAUUUGAUCCAAGGGCUACAGGCGAUGUAAAGUAACACUUCAUGUUAACAGAUUUAUGAAAAGUAUGACCAAACUGUUCACUGACAGCGGGGCCAUUUAAACUGAAAAGGUUUUAAGUACUUAAUUUCUAUGAUUUUGAAUGAAUACAGACUUAAUAACCAAUGAACUUUCAAGAAAACCUAAUUUUGAAACUUGUUAAUCAUCUCGCCAAAGUAUUUUAGUUUGGAAUCCGAUAUAAAUCCUCGUUAUGGAAAUACGGACAAUCGUUACUUCUUUAAAGGGGCGCUGGGGUAGCCUUGUGCUAUAGCGUUCACUCGUCACGCCAAUCGGGGUCGACUCGCCACAUUGGUACAAUUUAAGAAGCCCGUUUUUCACCGCCUUGAUAUUGCUGGAAUAUUGUUAAAAGCAGCGAGAAACCCACUCACUCAAUUCUUUGGACGAUUUUCUGACAAAGUACGAAUUUCAAAGUAUUUAUACUGCAGCCUUUAGCACUCCAUCCCAAAUUGUAACUUAGAUGAACGCUAACAGCAUGACUAGUAUUCAUAACAAAUAGCGAUGGCAGUAAUUACCUAUGUUAUACGUUUCAUUCACACUGGAGCCAUCUCACACACGUCUUAAGGAGUCGUUAUGAUGAUUUAACCAUAUGUCUUUGAUAGGCAACGGAAUAUUCGCAAGUAGUUUAUAUUCUUUAUCUUGUCAUUUCCCUCCGAAGAUACCCUUUAUUAUCUUGUUUACUCCCACCAGUACAAUCAACUUCACUAUGAGGCAAUACAUAAUGGUAGUAUUUCUAUUUUGAGCAUACGUAAAGCACUGGUUGUUCAGAACUGUCACGUAAGAUAUUUCCCUUUAAGCAUCAAGAUGCUUGCGAACUCUUAACCAAGCUUAACGGUAAUUAAAUGACACGACAUAUGACGUUAAUUAAUCGUAUUUUGAGUGAAGUAUUUCGCCUGAGGGAAAUAUCCAUGAACACUGUCAUGUAACCUACAUGAACCACAUUUUAUUAUACAAGGACAACUGACCUAGUUUGGGUGUUGAUGUGCUUUUCAUAGGGUUAUGUUUUGAUUGUCAACCUUGACCAGUUUAUGGAAGUAUAUCUGAACUUCGGUCCAUGUUUUCGCUCCUACGUACAAUGUCCGAUCUGAACAAAACAAAGCCGAGCAUUAAGAUUUGUUGAUAUUGGAUUUGUAUUUAUUUAUUAACGUACAUAUUUUGAUAUACAUAUGUUAUUUUAAGAGUUGUAAAAUAAAAUACCACGUUUUGUUACAGCUUUAGAAGAUGUUUUCACUUUGAUUAUGUCACGUUUCUGUGUUAAAUGUUACACCUUAUAAGUGUAAGGAUCGUGGAAUGACAUUUAGUAAAUUUGUAAUGCACGUUUGACAAUUGCUGCAUAUAUGUAAAUAUAACUUUAAAUUAUGCUGUGAAAUAAAUUUUGAAUACA